GGUGGUAUGAAUUAACUUAUCAAUAUUAGAAAAUGCGUAUGGGUAUUGCGGUUACUGUUGAAGAAGAUAUCGGAUGCCUGCCCGUGGAUUAAUCCACCUCAGUUCACUAGGUGCUUUGGAAGACUGCUGGGCACUUAGGUAAGUCCUUUAUCAUGGCAAGUAUUCUGUUCUGAACUUCCACCACCAUCAUUCACCGAAAAUGUGCAACAAGGGUCAUUAGAUAUGCCUCGUAGAGAGUGUAAGGCUGCGUGCGGGCUUUGUCUAGCUAAAUACUACAAGGCAACGUGGCUGUUGCCUACCUCGUUGCCUACCUCACUGCCUUAGAUGAUAGGCGCCUUAAUCUACUUGGUUGCCUCUUUUCGAGACUUGUGUAUGGAUUGAAUGUGUAUAAAUAUACAGGAGGGCUACGAGCGAGUAGAAAUAAACUUAGUGAUUGUGGGUGUUCUUUUCCAAACGUCUCGGUCCAUUAUUACUCCAAUAGUACAGAUACUAUAGGUUUCAACAUAUACCUUCUAGCAUUUAUUCAAACCCUUCAGGUACAUUAUCUUCUACUGUCAUUGGAUCAUAAAGGAAAGAAGUUCAUACUUCAAGGCAUAUUCUAGAAAUGAGCGGGAUCGGUUAUCAACGCCAUCAUACAAAAUACCAUGACCGUGGCAACCAAAUUCGACUCGAUCAUCGGAAUGCACAUAACCUUGAUCUGAUUGUACAAAAUGGACUACCUCCCAGAGACAAUCGUACUCUCUCGGACAUUUUAUGGGAAGCCAAAACCUCCUGCCCCCUCAAUAGCGCCAAUUGCUUCAUACCCUUCGAUAAGCUUAGUUUAGCUCUGAAUCGGCAUCUUGCGCAACUUGCUCUUGGACCAAGUGACAUAUCGGAAAGCAAGAAGGAAGCUUUGUUAAAUAAGAUAUGUGUCGACUGGUCCACUCCAGGUCACCCUUCAUUCUUCAGGAUAUUUGCUAUUUUGGUAAUGUGCGACAAUCCCGGGUGCAUUAGUAAGUUCAUUGAACUGAAAAUUGAUGAUUCUUGUCUCCCGUUGCCAAACAUAGAAAGGAAAGGGAAUGGUAUCAAAGUUUCAUCUUUGCGGUAUGAAAAUAGUCGCAAAAUUCCUAAUUCCAAGUUGGAAGAGCUCUUCAAAGACCAACGAGUUUGGACCCGGAACAAUCUGAACAGCUUCAAUUCCUAUCAGUGGUGGGCUAUCGCCCCCUUUUUUAGCCGACCCGAGAAAAUCAUUCCUCAUUACGUCUUGGAAGCGAAUGACAUGCUACCAUUCACCGAGAAAACGAACAAAAUUGAUAUUGAUAUGCAAUCACUAGAUCAAGACGUCAAGGAUCUAAUGUUGCAAGGAGGUUUCGGCGACGUUUUCAUAGUGAAACUACAUCCGUCCCAUUACAGCUUUCACGAUCAACCCUAUAGCGACGGCUCUCACUCAUUCGCACUCAAGUGCCUAAAAUCUCGAAACCCUGCCGAAUUCAAAUUGGAGGUCGAUGCUCUCAGAAAGUAUAAUUACGGCAUUGAUGACCACUUGAUUCCUCUGCUAGCCACGAUUGAGAAAGACGACGACGUGGGUAAAUAUUACAUGCUGUUUCCAAAGGCAAAUGGUGAUUUGCGACACUUCUGGGAGAGACAGUUCUGCAUUAAUCCGGAUGACUCAUUGAUACCUUGGAUGGCCAAGCAGUCCGUCGGAAUCGCAGGGGCGCUAUCCAUACUCCACAAGGACCAGAAUAUGGACAAUGGACAGGAUUUCCCCAUUUACGGCCGCCAUGGAGAUAUAAAAGCUGGCAAUAUUCUCUGGUUUGCUAAGCCAGGCGUUCCAGGCCCUGAAGGAUGGUGCUUGGUACUUUCUGAUUUCGGUUUAACGACAUUUCACCGUGCCAUAUCUAUUUCCAUCCAAACCGCCAGCAAGCUCAGCAGAACCAUCACAUACCAAGCUCCAGAGUUUGAGCUUGAGGGGAGAAAGGUGUCUAGGAAGUCAGAUAUCUGGGCUCUCGGAUGUACAUUCCUGGACUUUAUCACGUGCUACAUCAGAGGAUACGAUGCCGUAGAUCGAGAAUUCCCUAGCAUCCGAGGAGCACUUGAUAAGAACAGCAUAAGUGAGGAUAAGUUCUAUUGGAUUUCGAAAGAUGGUCGCAGCGCUAAACUGAAGCCAUCUGUGAAAGAGUGGAUCUCCGAUCUUCGCCAACGUCCAAAAUGCUCUGAAUAUCUGAGGAAGUUCCUCACCUUCAUCGAAGUCAAAAUGCUAUGCAUUGAGGUGGCAGGCCGCCCGACAGCAUCUGAUGUCGCACAUUACCUAGAGAGUCUUCGGAAAACUCUAUAAUGGGCGAUAUACAAGAAACGAUAUGGGAAACUGAGAGGCUUUUUGAUUUGGUAUCAUCAUGCUAGCUACUGAGUAGUAGAUGGAGUGUUCUUUUACAGGUUUUAAGGCUAGAGGGGCGUCAAACGACAAAUAGAGAAAAUCGGAUUAUUACAUUCAUAGUCAUUUUGGGUUGGUUAUCACCGUUUAGGAGGCCGAGAUGCAGGAAGCAAUGGU